AUCAUAUCGUGUAAUAUUUAUAUGUACUUAAUUUUCUAAAUAAAUAAACUUACUUGCAAAUUCGUUCUAUGUGAUGCAAUAUACAUACUCUGUAUUAUACUUUUACGCUAUAGUUUGGAGAAAAAAUCAGCUGGAUCGUUAUAAAGCGCGUUUGUGUUUGUAUUGUGACUAUAUUUAACCUUAGUUACAAGUAAUUCAAAACUGAACGUAAAUGGAGUUAGAAACGAUACUUGAAAAAUGUGCUGUAAUAAAUAAAUCAGAAGAAAAACUAGAAGAAAAUGAAGAAAAAGAAGACCAAUAUUUUCAAAAAAUAUAUGAACAAUGGAAGGGCGCCAAAGCUAAAGAUAAGGAUUUAACUUACAAAGUGAUUCCCAAAUUUUAUUUCAAGUUACCAAAAGAAGAUGAGAUUUUACCACAAAAAUUACGUGAAGAAACAAGAGCAUUAUUUUUGCAAAGAAGAUCCCGACAACUACUAGACAAUAAUGAACUUAAAGCAUUAUGGGUAUUAUUAGAUAAACAUCAUAGUCCACCUUUAUCAGGUGAUGAACAGCUGAUUAAUUAUGAAGAUUUCAAGAAAGUAGGUAAAUUAGCAGGUGCAAAAUGCAGUCCAUAUUUUACUGCAGUUGUAUUCGCUAAAUUGCAACAAGGCGAUCCUCAUGGUAGAAUCAGUAUAAUGGCAUUAUUUAAUUAUGUUAUGAGAAAAGUCUGGUUGCAUCAAACAAGAAUUGGUCUUUCUUUGUAUGAUGUUACAGGUCAGGGAUAUCUUAGGGAAUCCGAUUUAGAAAACUAUAUUUUAGAAUUAAUACCAACUCUACCACAACUAGAAGGGCUAGAGAAAUCCUUUCAUUCAUUUUAUGUUUGUACAGCAGUGAGGAAGUUCCUAUUUUUUCUUGAUCCCCUCAGAACUGGCAGAGUUAGAAUACAAGAUAUUUUGGCAUGUAGUUUUCUUGACGAUCUCUUAGAAUUGAGGGAUGAAGAUUUACCUAAAGACUUGCAAGAAGCAAAUUGGUUUUCAGCCCCAUCUGCUCUUAAAGUUUAUGGACAGUAUCUUAAUCUUGAUAGAGAUCAUAAUGGGAUGCUUAAUAAAGAAGAACUUGCGGGAUAUGGCACAGGAACCUUAACUGGGGUAUUUCUCGAGAGGGUAUUUCAAGAAUGUUUAACUUAUGAGGGAGAAAUGGAUUACAAAACAUAUCUUGAUUUUGUUUUAGCAUUAGAAAAUCGUCACGAACCGCAAAGCCUACACUAUUUAUUUAGAAUUCUUGAUAUUAAUAAUCGCGGUUAUCUAGAUACUUUUUGUCUUAAUUAUUUUUUCAGAGCUAUACAAGAACAAAUGACGAUGCAUGGUCAAGAACCAGUGACUUUCGAAGAUGUUAAAGACGAAAUAUUUGAUAUGGUAAAACCAGCAGAUCCCUGUAAAAUUACAUUGCAAGAUUUAUUAUCUUGCGGUCAGGGCGACACAAUGGUUAGUAUUUUGAUAGAGUUCCAUGGCUUUUGGGCUUAUGAAAAUCGCGAGGCCAUGGCAGCUGAUACUGGCGAUGAAUCAUCCCAUGUUUGAAAAAUAAACGGACAGGAAAUAUGAUACAUUCCUGCGAUUGCUCAGAUAACCUCUGACAUGCUUGACAAUUUGUAACAGUAUUUUUCAAAGAGAGCAUUUUUUAAAUAUUGACUACGAUAUAUGAAAUUGUAUGAAAUAAUAUUCGAAAUAUUAAUUUUUUAAUAAAAAUAUGUAUAAUGACA